AUGCACCCCCUCAAAAUCACCCGGGGGGGGGGGGGGGGCCGCUGGGUUGGGUUCUCCGCGGGACAGAGCUCCCCACGGCCCUGCCCGCAUCAACUCGAGCCAGUUGCAGCAACCCUCCCUCCCCACCGUGUUAUCACCAGCUCGCCACUUUGCACAGCAAUCAACACAUCAGCAAUGAUCACAUCCGUCCCGGAUCGCGAAGCACACGCGUAUAACGCCUCCGGCGCCAGCCCCGUACCCGGGACCCUUUGUUCAUACGAUGCGGAGUUGUGCCGCCGCCUUCCCGCCCCCAUGCGAUUCGCAAGUCCCUACCUCGGAGGCACGCUGUCGGCGCGCUCUCUGAGACGUGAGGUACAACCGAACCCAAACCCUCAGCCCCCAAGCCUCUGCACGAGUGGGGGGGGGGGGGGGGGGGGGGGGGGGGGGGGGGGGGGGGGGUGGGGGGGGGGGUACAGAUUGCCAUCCCGAUGUCCGCCGAGGGGGGUCGCGGGGGAGGGGGAUGUCGGGGCGCGCCAUGCGCGCGUGGCAUCCAUCAUCCCCCGCCACGCUCGACCCGCAACGCCAGGUCGAGCGACCGCCCCUAGCAGCCAUCGCACUCUCGUGCAGGGAUCUCUCUCCUCGGACCCCCUUAAAAAACCAAACCCAUCCACCGCCACCCCCCGCCAAACCACCGGACAACAUUGCCACUCAACCAACACCCCACGAUCCCCACCGGGGGGGGGGGGGGGGGGGGGGGGGGGGGGGGGGGGGGGGGGGGGGGGGGGGGGGGGGAAGACACCCCCCCCCCCACGGAGAGGUACGCGCCGUUUCCGCCCAGAGCCGCCGGGCAGCUCGGGGGGGGGGGGGGGGGGGGGGGGUUGGGGGGUGGGCCCCCCUGCGCCCGCGUCACUUAUCCCACGGUCCGGGCGGGUGGCGACAUUCCCCCCAACCGCAGUGCGCAGUGGUCCGUCCCUCGCGGCACUGGUCCCCACCCCACACAGUAACCAAGCCGCGACGUCCCGACCAAGACCCUUGCAGCGCCUCGAAUCCACACACCACCCAUAUCGCGGAGACCCAUAA